GGUGAUGACGUCACGUUGGGGAGAAGUGGAGGAAAGUUAGCCUCAGCCUAGUAUGAUGCCGUGUUCCAGGCAACUCGUAACCCGUGUUUUUCCAACCUUAAACCCGUGAAAGUGCACUGGAACGGUAGUCAAACCCGUGACUUCCCACCCGUGAACUCGUACUAGAUUGAUGUACUCCGAGUUCCCAGUUCUGACGUCACACAGCACGUGAAACAACGAUGGCAGCCCCUACGAAUAAUACUGCCUAUGGAUGCAGUGUUUAUGCAAGUGGUACACGUUGAAAAAACGAUUUUAGGUCAAUGUAACGUUGCAAUAAAAUAAAUAAUCUAGCUACAAUUCCUUUCCCUCAGAAAGUUUGGCGUAACUUGCCUGGAACGGUACAAAGUCAUUAGUCAUGUUAUGAAAUAGCGAUUACGAGCUCAAAAACCUCCCUAGAACGCAGCAUCAGAACUAUAGCGACUGACGGAUGAGGAAGAGGUGGCAAGAGCCAACAUGUAUGAUGGCCCACAGCCCUGUAAUUUCGAACCAGCCAGACCUGAGAGGGAAAAUGAAGAAUUGCCAAGAACUGAUGAAAGUGUGUUAGCACGAUAUUCUGCAUCUAUUUGAAAGAACAGAUGUGCGAAAUUGUUACUUACCCCCCUAAAGUCAUUAUGAGAGUUAUGCUGAGGUUAAUUAGGAAAUGGGUCAUUGUGCGUGAAAUAUUAAAGGUCUGUGUUUUGAAAAAAUUACAAGUACAUAACUUAUGAUGGUUGCCCCUUUCUAUGUUCUCUCCCUUUGUUGAGCAGCAUGAAUGCUGAUGUCCUCAGGAGUUCUGAAGAGCCCUGAUCUGCUCAGUGGAGGAUCACAACACAGGAGGAGACCCAGACACUGUGAUACUUUAGCAUUGCUUCGUUGUAACCUGCUGUCAGAAAAAGAGCAUCUGCAGAUACUCAUUUCUUAUUGUAAAAGAGGCUCUGGCAGACCUUCAGAAUGUACCUCUUCAUUUUCACGUUUGCGAUAUAUGGGACAUUUUCAUGGAACAUGCUUCAAGUGAAAUCUGACCUCCAUUUAGUGGGAAACCUUUCAGUUGAUUAACUUCGAGAAAAUCAGCUCAGCAAAUGCUUGGAUAGACUCUUAGUGGUUUUAAACUAUAUGAUUUGUAGAAAAAUGGUAAUUGUAGAAAUAUGAGACUUGGUCAGUGAACUCCAUGACAUAAUCAUCAGGUCCACACAAGACUUUAAAUCUUCCCACUUGAUCCUGGAGGGCCCAAACCUUAUCAAAGUCAUAAUCAUGAUAAUGUCACAGGGUACCUAUAAGUUUUUGGCAUGCUUUGCUGGUUUCUGGCUGAUCUGGGCUCUCUUUGUCAUGCUUUGCUGCUUUUGCAGCUUUGCCCAGCGCAAGUUGAAGCACCAGCAUCAAGAGAGGCUGAGGGAACAGUGCCUUCGAGCACUGGAGAUGGAGCCUCUGGAGUGCACUGGAAUUGGUUAUCUUCCCAGGGAGCCUCCUCAGUUCUGCCCACCAAUUCAAAUGAUGUCUCCACAGCUGCCUGUAACACACACUCUCCCUCAAGCAAACUGGACUGUCCCAGAAGACACAGAUGUCUUUGGAAAACCUCCUUGCUACGAAGAGGCUGUAUUGAUGGAGGAUCCACCACCCCCUUACAGUGAGGUUCUGGCUGACCCCAGAGAUGGAACUAACACCAAACCUGCAUCCAGGCCCUCUAGGGAGCAUCAGGAGUCUGAGACCAGCAAGAUGGCCCCUGUGACCAUGUUUCCUGAACGUGACUACUCCUCCCUAAUAUGCCUACCUUCGGCCAGGCGCUGGGACUCACUGGAGCACCUCCUGUCCACCAUGGACCUUAACCACAACAACCUGCCAGUUGAGCCUCAGGCCUCUGCCAUCUCCACCAUGCCUAGUAAAGGCCGGACUCACACAGACAUGGGCUUGCGGGGACUCCACUAUGAUCAACACUAUGGUUUGCCCACAGCCUUUCCCCUUUUGGGUCGAAGUACAGCAGUACGAGUCCGCAAAAAUAGACCUACAGAACACUUUCUGAGAUAAACACUCACAAUGGAAAAGAACUAAAGAGCUAGUUAAUUAUAGACCAAUCUCGAAUCUCCCUUUUCUGUCCAAAAUACUAGAAAAGGUGGUAUGCUCACAAUUAUAUUCCUUCUUAGAGAAAAAUGGUAUAUGUGAGGAUUUCCAGUCAG